CAGAGCGCACGGAUCGCAGAUCAGGUCUCUGCGCUCUGAGCCGCCACAGCAACAUUCCUGGGAGCGUUCCCCACGCCGGUGACCAUUUUAAUUGUUUUUAUCCGGGCGGUGAGUCAGAGUCAGAGUCCGGGUCUGGGAUGGAUGCUGCGGGGAGAGACGCGCCGGUGAGCCCGCUGGAGAGGAGCAGCCACACGGCGUUCAUUGACAACAACGUUCUGUACGUGUGGGGAGGUUACCAGGUGGUUGCUGGAGAGGAUGUCAUGUUGCCCAGUGAUGAGAUAUGGCUCUGCGAUUUAGACAGUGGGACGUGGGAGCGGAGGGCGAUCACAGGCGACAUCCCCCCGGACUUAUCAGGCUUCUGCGGCUCUCAUGUUAACAGCACGCUCUACAUCUUUGCAGGAUGUGACCCCGCUGGAUACACCAACCAGAUGUACAGCGUUGACCUCACAGAGCCGUGCUGCUCAUGGAGGAAAGUGACUGACACCAAGGGAACGACACCGUCACCACGACACAAACAUUCCUGCUGGGUACACAGAGACAGAUUAAUCUACUUUGGUGGAUAUGGAUGUAAGACCAUAGGGGAAGUACAAAACACGUCAUCAUCCAGCUUCGUCGUGGAAGAGAUGUCCUGGACGACAAUUGGAGACACGUUGUUUAGGUGCUGGGGCUGGAACAAUGAGGUCAUUGUUUUUGACACACAUACUGCUACGUGGAGCGUGCCGGAGACUCAGGGUCCAGCUCCCACUCCCAGAGGCUGCCAUGCCAGUGCCCUUCUCGGGAACAAAGGUUACGUCUCUGGUGGUGGGGAGACGGCAGAGUUGGACAUGUUCUGUUUAGACCUGGUGACCUGGACCUGGACUCGAUUUGACAUCUCCCCAUCCUGUUCACCCCCGGGGCGCUCUAUGCACACGAUGACGCCCGUAUCAGAUCACACGCUCUUUGUAUACGGAGGACUCAGCACGGGGGGAAACACUCUCAAUGACGCCUGGCAGUUCAACACAGUUAAAAGAGAGUGGACCAAGAUGACACACCCUCAUGAGGACAAGCCCCGGGUCUGUCACACAGCGUGCCUGGGAAGUGACAGUGAUGUUGUUGUGUUCGGGGGGAGCAGUAACCUCUGCAUCCUCAUGGACUCGGUGGCUAUUCUGAGGGCUCCAUCACAACAUCACUGCAGAGACGUGAUCAUCUUUCAGACCCAGCCGUACUCCCUCUUCAGAUUGUGUGAGGACUUCAUGGGGAAAAGCCCGGAGCUGUUUGAGAAGCAGCUGAACUGGCUGCCACCGAAACUGAGAAGCAAAAUUGAUAAGAGAGUGGCCUUUUUCACGAACAUGAAGCCUGUCCUCACAGCCUGACUGUUUUUAGAGCCAUGAGAUUCUGAGCCAGUCAUUAUUAUAAAACUUUUUUUUUUUUUUUGUUGAAAAUGUGUUCACAAUGAUUUAAAAAAAUGGUGCUCAAAAGUUUCAUUGUUUUAACUUGAGGAAAUAUAAUUUGUAAAUAAAGUCUUGUCUUAUUUUAAACAACAAAGAUUUAUUAGGUCUAUAUAAAUUUUACUCUAUGUACUGAUUUGAUGAUGUGCAAUCUGUUUUCGA